GUUAGCCUUCUCCUAAACCCGACUAAUAAACCCUAGCAUGCUACUCCGCCUCUCCUACCUUUGUCGGUGACCAGAGAAGAGCAGGCCGUCGUCGACCGGAAGGGAGCAGGACGCUGUUGCUUUGUUCGAGUUACUCCGCUGUCUUUGAUAGGGUGGAACUCCUUCGAGGCGGUGGUCUCCAUCCAGGACACUUCAACUUUUGAAUAGCGCGAACACUGCUUGGCUACCAAAGGGACGCAUUGGAGGAACAGGGGUAAAUUGGCAAUUAGCAGGUCAAUCCUGAUUUCUCUCAUGACUAUGGAUAGCAAGAACGCCAAUUCCGUGUCGAUUUCCUCUGCUCCUCCUCUUCCUCGAACCCUAAACGUGCACAGUUUCACUGAAUCCCGAGCAGCCGAGCUCGUUUCGCUCCACAACAUCAUAUCCACAAGGUUGAAUGGUGACUUUCGCAUCCGCCGCGACAAGAGGAGAAGAACCACCGGGCAUCGGACUACCAACAACCACCACCGUCACUCUAAGAGAAGAAAGGUACAGGGCGACAAUGUAUUCCAUGGCGAGGACGGGGAGAACGAUAAAAAAAUCAAGAAGGUAUCCCGGAAAACUCGUCGGAGAAUGGAGUUUCAAGAUAACCCGAUUUCUGGGUUUGGCACCUCGGGGGACGGAACAAAGAGGCUGAGAACGCACCUCUGGCAUGCCAAGCGAUUCACAAUGAUCAAGCGUUGGGGAUUUCACCUUCCUCAGGGGCUUCAUGGCAGAGGAAGAGGUUCAAGGGCUGUUUUAAGGUGGUGUAAAAAUGGUGCCCUUGUACAUGAUUCUAGUUAUAACAUUCCCAUCCAAUUAGAGGGUGCAGAGGGAUCUAUAUUGGCAAUAUUACGGAUGGUUUUAUUCCCAUCACCUGCUUUACCUGCAAAUGCACCAGAGAUGCAAUCAAGAUGGGUAGCUCAGGGAGAUUGCUGUGGAAAUGCUAUGCUUUAUCAUUUUGGAGCACCAAUUUCCAAACAGAUAGCUCCUGUAAUUUACAUGUGGAGCCCCUUACCAACUGGUAACAAUAACAAUAGUAUGGGACAACAUGGUAAUUCAAACAUUUCUGGAAGCUCACAUAAAGGUGAAUGCAUUUCUUCAAAUAGAAAAUUGUGGAUAUGGAUACAUGCUGCUGCAAUUGAUGAAGGAUUUGACGUACUAAAUAAUGCAUGCCAAAAGCAGAUGCAUGAGUUUGGUUCAGAUGUCAGAUGUUUUAAAAUUGAGGGACAAGUUGCAAGGUUAGAUGUUAUGGGAUCCAAGGCAACACAAAUGCUAGAGAAGAUUUUACAUCCCGUCUCCCUUUCAGGUGCAACUGAAGCCAAUUCUAUGUUAAACCAAUCAUCUAAUACUGCUUGUAUCAACUCAAAUGAUCAGAAAUUGGUUCUCCUUGAUCAUAUGGAAAACCUUCCAUCUCAUGCAAUUCUAUCUUUAACCACUCAUGAUCCACGGGAUUUGCCAUCUAGUGGAAAUGAGAUUCAAGUUAAUGAACAUAUCCCCAGCCUCGAUAAUGAUUUUGUGCAAAAGGAUUACCCUAAUAUCAAUGAAAAGUUUCAUUCUGGUUCCAAAAGUCUCUGGGAUUUUGCCGAUAAUUUAUUCCCACCUAUUCCUGAAAGCAUUCUUUGCAAAGAGAGACAUGAUAAGCGCUUGUAUAACUUCUACCUUGAGCCUUCUGGUAGUGGAGAAGCAACUGAAGCAAAAGAUGAUCCACGCCGAUACUGCCCUCUUUUGCUUCUUAAACAUAGCAAGCAUGGGAGCCUCCAUAUGGGGUGGUCUAUUAUUCUACCACUUUGCUGGGUUAAGGUUUUCUGGGUUCCAUUGGUCUCACAUGGGUUUCAUGCGAUUGGUUUGAGAGAAAGACGGUGGAUUGCCUGUAAUAGUGGCUUACCAUCUUUUCCAUUUGAUUUUCCUGAUUGCCAAGCUUACUCGUCUUUCAUGGUGGAUGAAGCUGCUGCAAUUAAUAAAGCGUCUGAGCGCCGGCCUCCUGCUGUGAGAGCUAUGAAAGUGCCAAUACCCCCUCCUUGGAACUGCAUAGCUACUGCAUUUGAUAGAGCAUCUGAACUACUUCCUGCUCUCAGACCUUUAAAAGGACUUAUACCCCGUCCGUGUAAAUUUUUAUCCUCUACUUUUGUAGAAGGACCAGACAUACUAAGAGCUUGUCAGGAGCAGCAAUGCCAGACCUCUUCCAGAGUUGUUUCAGAAGAGCCAAUUGUAGGCUUGGACUCCGAAGAUAGGGCUUCAUCAUCUAUGUGUCAAGUUGCUGGAAGCUUUUCGUAUGUUGUUCCUAGGACAUCCGAAGUUUUGAACUGGUACUUUGAAAACAUCCAUAGUGGAGAUUUACAUCUGUUACCUAAGAUUCAUACAGGGAAAAAUUGUACGAUUGACUGGGCUAAAAGCAGUACCAAUUCAAGAGAUAUUGACAAAAAACUCUGCUUUGUACAAGUUCUGCUUCAUGCAUACAAAGAGGGUGUUUUUGAAGAAGGAGCAAUGGUUUGUGCACCACUUUCAAGAGACCUUUCACGAUGGACAUCCAGAUCAGAGGAAAUGGACGACCAAGAGCUUAAAGUCCCUCAAUCUUUUGUGCAGUCCUGCUUCAUAGAGCAAGGAUCUGGCAAAUGGGAGAUGCUUGAUCCUGAAGAAUGCUCAACUGUGCCAACAUUUAGGUGGCCCAUCGGAUUUGUUACAACUGGUUUCGUACACGGGAGUUCCAAUCCGGUAGCGGUGGCUUAUUGUGAAGCGAGACUCCUUGCAGCCCUGAGAGAACAACAGUCAUCUGUUGCCCAGAUAACAGAUUCCAAAAUAUUGAUAUUUGUCCGAAAUAUGAGAUCUACAGCUUAUAGGCGUGCUCAUGCCAUAAUCGCUAUUGAAGAUCAUAACGAUGACUUGGAGUUUUUGUGAACGGGAUUGAUGCUCGUGCCAACACCAUUUAUAGUCUGUUGUAUGAACAGUUGGUCUUAAAAUGAAUUAACGAAUGAAUUUAUAGUUUGUGUGUACAAA